AUGUCGUCCUCAUACUCAACCUGGUUCCAAAAGGGCGUCAACCCUGGAACCAUUAUCGCUCUUGACAAACUCCACCCUUCCCAAUGGAAGAUCCUCGAGAAGCUGAACGAGCAUGAAUAUCGGUACAACCAGGGGGAAUACGCUGACUAUGGCUUCCGUUCGUUCGCCACCGCUAAACUCCUUUGCUGUGACCCCCAAGACCGAAAAACGACAGCUUUUAUGCGAAUCUACAUUCAAAUUCCCUACCGACCCUUUAAAACAGACGAUCCUGCUACCAGAGGUCAACAGGCCACAACGUUCACCCCGCCAGAAUUGACUGCUCUUCUGGAUCUCACUCAAAAGCGCUCAACCAACACACCAAAGCUUCUUGGAUACAAAGUCAGCACUCAGGAUAGCUUAGGGCCAGUUCCAGGUGGUUUUGUUAUUUGGCUUGUGUGGGAAAUUGUUCCAGGGCUGCGCCUCGGCGAUAGUACUGGCGCCGAUGCAUUUUGGGGCCUUGAAAGCUUCGAAAGAGAGCAAGUUCGCUCGAUCUUUAUCAAGGGUCUUCCCAAGCUAUUCGAGAACGGGUGGUGGCCGAGUGUUGCCAGAGCAAAAGAUCUGGUUUGGCAUCGGGAGACGCAAACAGUGUACUUUAUCGGACAGUUCAGUAGGGCCGGUAAGCCUAAACGUCCGAUUGAGUAUGGCCCUGCCUGGUUAGCGAUGUUCGACCUCGCUAUACCCGAUCCUCCAAUUAGAUAUGACGAGGAAAACUGCGAUAAAGACACUUCAGGCUGGAAAUGGUAG